GUCUGGUCCAAGGUCGCUGGUGUCAACUAUGAGAUCUUCUACGUCCGCUACAUUGAUUGGUCAAGUUGUCAAAUUACGCAUCCAAAGGACACUAGGUUCGUCACCACACCGCUGCUUCUUAUGGACUUUGUCCUUACUGCUGGCUUGCCUUGGCCUACAAUUCUCCAUACCAUCGUCCUGGCCGAGCUCAUGGUAGUCACUGGUUUUGUAGGUGCUCUUGUCAAGAGUCGCUACAAAGCUUCUGGACCUUCGGCACCGUCGCAAUGUUCGUCAUCUUCUAGAACCUCGCAACUGAAGGCCGCAAGCACGCCAAACACCUCGGUUCAGACGUCUACAAAACGUAUCUCCUCUGUGGAGUCUUUGACUUUCGUCAUCUGGCUGUACUAUCCCAUUUGUUGGAGGGUGUCCGAGGGUGCCAAUAUAAUUUCUCCCGAUUCAGAGGCUGUCUUUUACGGAAUCUUGGAUUUUCUGGCCAAGCCUUGCUUUUCCAUUGCACUGAUUGUUGGACAUUGGAAUAUUAAUCCUGGUCGUAUGGGACUCAGGCUGAGAGACUAUGAUGAUGAAGAGCCGGCUUACUUUGGACCCAAGAACGGGGCUGAGGCUGCAAAGGAACGCGGUCGCGCUGGAAAUGGUAUUGACGGUGUUGCG